AUGCAAAAGAAGAUGAGCACACUCAGUCAUAUCUGCAGUAUGGUGAAGUGGGGUGUAGUAUCAACAUUAACAGGAAUCACACAGAAGCAGUUAUUUUACACCAAAGGCAGUGUCACCAUCAUAGUCAUGAUUUGUGUGAUGUUUAUACUCCCUAGUUUCCCUUACAACACCAGAUGGCUCACUCCAGAGAUGAUGGCUAUGGGAGAAUGGAUGGGCCUUGGAAAUGGACAACCAUGCAAGGACUAUGGGAUGUGGCUUUGUCCAACUGGAAGAUAUGAUAUGAUGGUGACAUUGCUGCUCAUCACUCCUCCAUCAGCUUGUAUGGGUGCUUUUACUCUUUCAAGGUACUCUAACCAUACACUAAAGCAUUGCAUGUUCAUUCUUGUGUUGAAUGCAUUGGCUGCCCUUGGAUUCACUAUAUCCAUCUGUAUGAUGAACAGGGUUGCGCAUUAUGUUUCCAUUAGGUUCAUCUCUGCUUCACAGCACUUGGGAUAUGCUUUUCUCCUUGGUGUUCAUCCAGAACCACCAAAUGUCGACAAAGAGGAGGCCAGCAGCAUGUGUGCAGUUCAGCAUUUCUAUGGGGGGACGAAUCAAGAGUUGUUUACUGCACAAUGGGACAAUGGUCAACUUGAAAAAAUUGAGUUCAGAGUUCCUCUCCAUACCACAAAUAGAGAUAAAUGGACCACAUAUGUGGGCCAGUUCUACUCUGAGUCAGAUUGCCAUCUCGAUAUGUUUGACGCCAUCAAGGCCACAAUGGAUGUACCCAAGAAGUUUCAACACUUGGGCUGGUGCCUGUCUACUGCCUGCCACAUGGACCCACCUCACUGGUUUUUAAUGUCACUUGACAUUGAUAGCACUUUCAAAGCUGUGAGGGUGGAACAAAGUUCCAGCAGGAACAAGAAGGUAGUUACUAUCGAAGUUGUCAAUACUGUGCAUUUUUUGGUUAUGAGUUGCAAGCAGAGCCCAUCAUCGCUUGUGUCAUACCCAAACAAGUUGGAGAAAGUCAAGAGGUAUGACAGGAUGCUCAUGAAUUACAGCUCAAAACUGGAGAUCCAGACAACUCCUGUAGAAUGGGGAGAAAGCCACAUGACUCCUCAACCAUUCAAGAGGUCAUUUGCACUCUACAUGGACAGUGAUGAAGAGUCUGACAAUGAGGAACCACUGCAGCAUAUCAAGGACAUCCUUAACAAUGAUCGUGGCAUCUUGUAUCUGCCAACCACAGCUCAUUUUGGUAUUAGAUUCUACAAGGAGAAAGUUGGGAUGCCAGAGGGUGCUGCAUAUACCUUUCAGAGUUGUGUUUCUGAAACUCACAUGAAGGCAGAACUUGUGAAACAGAGAAGGAGAGCUAAAGGGAAGAAGAAAGCACAAGCCCAGUCUGACGGUGAAGAUGAAGAGAACAUCUGUCCCAGCUUCUGA